UUAAAAAAAAUUCAGCCUCUUCAUAUUACCCCUCUUUCUUUUUUCUUUCUUUUCCCCUCUUCUCUUUUCCUAUUCAUGUCCUCCGACAUCCUCUCUCUCUCUCUCUGACCAGCUCUGUCUCCUCUCCUCUCUCUGCGACUCACUCUCUCUCCUCUCUCCCUUCUCACCCAUAUGUAAAUCAAGCAAAUAACAUGUUGAUUUGCGUUGUAGAGGCUGAUUUUUGCGGAACUCCUGCCGACUCUUUCUACCAGGUCUGCCCCGAGUGCACCGAUGUUCCCAAAACUCGAUUCAAGAUCAAGGCUGGUAAAGCAUCAAGUGUGAGGAAAUGGCAGGCUGCAUUUACUACAGAAGGGUUUCUGGAUAUUGGCAAGACUUUAAGCCGGAUCCAACGCGGGAUUCGACUGUUUCCGUAUUUGUUGCAUUCAAUGGUGUUUGGGAACUCAAAAAUAGAGAUUGGAUUUUUAGAGAUGAUGAAAAUCAAGUUCUGCCCGUAGAGAAGGGUGUGACAUAUGAGCAACUGCUUGACAUUCUGUACGAUGAGCUUGAAGUGGAUAAAUGUGUGCAUGCCUUGAAAAUUGAGGUCCCGUACACAUGCCUAUCAUAAUCCGUCAAACCUACCGUUAUAAAAAAUGAUAGGCAUGUGCGUGCAUUCAUUGGGUUAGCAUCGAAAUGUGUAGAGAAGUUCAUUCCUCUAUGUGUGACAUUGAUUAAGAAGGGAGGUGUAAGAAAUGCAUCAGUUUCUGCCAGCGUUAAUAAAGAAGUUCGAUUUGAAGAGAACAUUUCUCCUCCAUGUCAUGGUUUCAAAGGAACUCAAGGUGACGUUGGAACAUGUGUUCCCGAGACAAAUCCAGAUGUCAUAGUCCAUGAUGAUAUCCCGGUUAAAGAUCCGUCAUAUGUGCAUGACACGGCGGAGUACGAUCCCUAUGGCUACGAACCUUAUGUCAACGACAAUCCUGUUGCUGAUGCAACAGAUCUUGGUGGGCCAGAUGUUAGGGCAGAUUUUCCAACAUAGAGUUCAGAUGUUAUGGUAGAUGAGGAGUGCAGAAUAGAAGAUCGGCAAACACCUGGGACCAGCAGUAGUCGUCCAGAUCCAAGUAGAACCGAUGAUAGUUUUAGAUGGAGUUCUCCAUUGGACUUAGGUGAAGAUCAUAGAACAUGGAGUGCUCCCAUGUUCACCAAAGAGGAUAUAGAGGCCUCACAUCAACAUCAUUCCUCAACCAGCAAAGCUUCAGGAGAAUUGCACCUUGGGAAGUUCUUUCAGAGCAAGCUUGAAUUGAAAACCAAAGCAUCCAUAUUUGCGAUGAAGAAUAAUUUUGAGUUUAUGGUGAAGAAAUUUGGGAUUGAUGUGUGGUACAUUACCUGCAAGGAUCCUGAUUGUGGUUGGAGAUUGAUGGGUAAGAAAAAAAUGCGAUCUGAAAUGUUCGAGAUUACUGUAUACAACGAAGUACACACUUGCUCACAAGAAAUUCAAGAUAAGGACCACCGUCAAACAUCACCGUGGGUAGUUGGGCACCUAAUCAAGAGAAAAUUUGCUACCAAUGGUACUUGGUACAUGACAAACAACACAAGGGAGGACAUGAAGCACCAUUUUGGGGUCGAAAUGAGCUAUGAGAAGGCGUGGAGAUGCAGAGAAAAAGUUCUUAUGUAUGUCAGAGGGACACUUGAGGAAUCAUACUCCAAGUUACUUGGAUACCUGUGUCAGUUGGAGCAUAAGAACCCAGGUACAAUUACUGAUUUUGUAGCAGAAGAUGGUCGUUUCUUGUAUUGCUUCUUUUUCCUCGGUGUUUCUAGGCGUGGUUUCCAAUACUGUCGUCCUGUAAUUUGUGUGGAUGGCACAUUCUUGAAUAAUAAGUAUGGUGGCCACAUGCUCUAUGCUGUUGCGUUGGAUGCAAACAACCAGUUGUUUCCAAUUGCGUUUGCAUUGGUGGACACUGAGAACCAUAGCUCUUGGACUUGUUUCAUGAGAAAAUUGAAGGAAGCCAUAGGGGACGUUGAGAACCUUGCUUUUGUAUCGGACAUGCAUAAAAGCAUUAAUCAUGUUAUGGAGCUUGUGUUCCCAGAUGCGUAUCACGGUGCAUGUUACUAUCAUAUUUGUAUGAAUGUUGUGGCAAAAUUCAAAACUGACCAUGUGCAAGACAUCAUGGGGUGUGCAGCGUACGCAUUUCGAAGAGCGGAAUUUCACAAGUUCUUUGACAAGAUUAAAGUAAUUGAUCCGCCAAUUGCUCAAUAUCUAGAGAGAAUUGGCUUUGAAAUGUGGGGUAACACUUAUUUUCCUGGUAACCGAUACAAUAUCAUGACGAGUAACUACGCAGAAAGCUUUAACAAUAAGACCAAGGAGGCAAGAAGAUUUCUAGUCGCCGCUUUUCUUGAAUUUAUAAGAUUCACUCUUCAGUCUUGGUUUGCAGAUAAACGUGAAAGAGCUGCAAAAGCAACAACUGUGUUAUCACUUGAGAUGGAAAAUGAUUUGAAGCAAAUAGGUGAUAAAGCAAUUUUUUUAGAUGUCCAAGUCCUUGGUCAUCAUGAAUUUCUUGUGGUCGAUGGUAAUGAUGAUGGUGAGGUGAACUUGGCCACAAAAUCAUGCUCUUGUGGCAUGUUCCAAACCAUUGGGAUACAUUGUGUACAUGCUUUUGCUGCAGCCAGAAAAAGAAGCAUAAACAUUUACUCAUUGUGUUCCCCUUACUAUAGAAUCGAGGCAUUGAAUGACACUUAUAAAGAUACUAUUUACCAUGUUGGGAACGAGGAUGAAUUGGUAAUCCCUGAUCACAUCAGAGAUACGGUUGUCGGCGUCUCCGUUGAGAAAACCUCUGUAGGAAGGCCCAGGAAACAAAAAGUGGGUAGGCGAAAGAAAAAUCGCUAUGCUUCACGCGGGGAAAAGAUUGUCAAGUCACGUAAGUGUAGCAUAUGUGGUGGUAGUGGGCACAAUAGGAAGUCAUGUAAGGCUAGGAUUUAAAAUAUUGUGUUAUGUAAUUAUUUAAUUGAUUUUGCUGCAUUUAUUA